AUGCUUUUCUCCACCAAGACUUUCGUCGCUGUUGUCGCCGUGCUGGCACGCGCGACAGCUGCCGCCCCGGGCGGCUCGACCGACGACGCCCUAGCCCGCCAGCAGGAUGUUGCGCGUGAGGCUCGCCAGCUCCAGGCCGUCACCGCAACCGCCGCCACCCAGAAGCGCGCCGAGGCGGAUGCCGUCGAGAAGCGCCAGUUCUGUGAUUGCCCCGAGGGCAAGGAGUGCAUAGACCCGAUCGUUCUGGCCUCGGUAGGCACCCUCGCUCCUAUGGCCCACUGCGUGACCCCCACAACGAAGCGCGACAUCGAGGCCAGGGCCGCCGAGGUCGAGAGGCGCCAGCAGCGCGCCGAGGCAGAGGCCGUCGAGAAGCGCGAUUCUUGUGCCUGCCCCGAGGGCUUCGUGUGCAUGGCCCAAUCGUUUGAAAUGCUCGCCAUCCCCCCCCAGACCAUGUGCGUGCCAACCAGCUUCAAGCGCGAUAUCGAGGGCAUCACCGCCGAGGUCCAGAAGCGGCAGGUCGCGGACACGGAGGGUGUGGAGAAACGCUCCGAGUGUGACUGCGCCGAGGGCCAGACAUGUUCUCUCAUCGUCGUGCCUCCUACAUUCACCGGCGGCGCCUCCACAUCGGCCUACAUGUGUAUGUAG